AUGGGCUUUGAAGCUGGCCCCCGCAGUCCCCGGGGCCGACGCCGAGUCCUCCAACGUGGUGGGUCCAGCGGCGGAGAGAAGUUUGUGACGGUGGAGCGCCUGCAGCGGCCGCUGUGUGGGGGCUCCCGGCCGCACUUCUUCCGCGGCGUGUGUACGGUGGUGACCAAGCUGUUCCACAUCUGCGAGCCCGACGUGGCUGUGUUUGGCCGCAAGGUCUACCAACAAUGGCGGGUGAUCUGUCGGAUGGUUCGAGAUCUCGAGACUUCCCCGUGGAGGUGGUGGGGAUGCCCAUCUAUCUGCCGGGAGCCGGACGGGCUGGCCAUGAGCAGUCGUAACGCUCGUCUGUCCCCCGAGUCGCGGGAGAGGGCCUUAUGCAUCUCCCGGGGACUGGCUUGGGCUGAGAAGGCGCUGCUCCACGCGCACCACCCUUCCACCACCACCAGCCCUAUCAGCGACCUGACCUCCCAACCCGUGCUGCUGGCGGUGGCCGCGCACUUCCCCGCCCGGGACCGGGGCACGGUGCGUCUCAUCGACAACACCGUACUGAACGACCCGGGGGACAGCAAGCAGCUGCAGGACCGGACCCAGCAGCAGUAG